CAUCGAUGGAACCACCGCGCGGUGCCAUGCGGCGCGCAUUCACCAAUAAUCAGUAGUCAUACGGUACCGCUCAAGCAUACUGCACCAAUACCACUUUUACCUUCCGGAACUAUGACUUAAAGUUACCGCACGCACGUUUUUUCGAUACACCGUGCAUCAUAUAUGUGAUGAACAUUUGUAGGAUGUGACUGCUUAAUGUGAAGUUACCAUUGGAUUUUUCUGUACAUAUAUCAACUAUAAAUAUCUUCACGCAACUUUAGAAAUUAUUACCGAAAUGUUUACCGUACGCUUAUCAAUAGCGACAACGUUGCUGGCUGUGAUAUCGAACCCAUGUACCUGCGCCAACAUCUUGAUGAUAACGAUGGGUGGCACCAAGUCCCACAAGAUUCCAUUUUGGGAACUGGCCCGAGGCCUGAUCCCAAGGGGUCACAACAUCACCUUCCUGAACGCCUUCCCCGCAGAUUUCUCCAUUUCCGGAUUGGAGGAAAUCACACCUGCUGGUCUAGUCUUCUAUGUGAAGAACUUCACUAAUUGGGACCUAGUGGGAGCGAGGAUGCGAGGUGAAGACCCUGUCCAUCCUUUGGAUAUGCUCAGAUAUGCACACGAGUCAUGUGAUGCACUUCUGUCCGACACCGAAACAAAAUCCCUUCUCCACGACAGCACGAAGUUCGACCUUCUGAUCCUGGACGGAGCCUUUCCAGAAUGCGCUCUUGGCUUCGCACACUACUUCAAAUUGCCCUUCAUGUACAUCAACACUGUAGGUUUCUACACGGGCAGCCUGUCCUUAGCCGGCAACCCUUUGCUGUACUCCUUCACCCCCUUCCUGUCGAUCGACCUCACGGACGAUAUGGACCUUCUGCAGAGGACUAGAAAUACCAUGUGGUAUAUGGCGGCUAACUUGUUGCAUAGUGUUACGGUCAGAUGGUUCGUGCAAGACGUGGUCAGAAAACAUUUUGGCGACGAUGUUCCGCUCGUGUACGACCUUUCGAAGAACGUCAGCUUCAUUUUACAGAAUGGUCACGCUACAGUGACUUACCCCCGACCAUUUUUACCUAAUGUUGCGGAAAUAGCAUGCAUUCACUGCAAGAAAGCAAAACCGCUACCCGAGCACCUGGAAGAAUUCAUCAGAGGUUCAGGUGAUGCCGGUUUCAUCUACUUCAGCAUGGGCUCAUCGGUGAAGGCAGCAAACAUGCCUGUUUACUUGCGAAAGAUGCUAAUGGUCGUGUUCAGAAACCUACCCCAGAGGGUGCUGUGGAAAUACGAAAGUGCUGAUGAUAUGUCGGAUCUACCGUCCAACGUCCUGCUGGAGAGGUGGCUUCCCCAACAAGAUAUUUUGGGUCACCCAAAACUGAAGGCCUUCGUCACUCAUGGCGGUUUGCUGAGUAUGUUCGAAACGGUGUACCAUGGAGUGCCGAUCAUCACGAUGCCCGUAUUUUGUGACCAUGAUUCCAACGCAGCUAAAGCUGAAAUCGACGGUUACGCUUUGAAGCUGGACCUUCAAACUCUCACAGCCGACAAGCUCCUGUGGGCCAUCAGAAAGGUUAUUGAAGAUCCCAAGUACCGUCAAGAGGUCAAAAGGCGUCAACGCCUGCUGAUGGACCAAUCAGAAACCCCAUUGGAACGUGCUGUCUUCUGGACAGAGUACGUCUUGAGACAUAAAGGUGCAAUGGCCCUCCAAUCACCUUCAAGACAUUUAGGAGUCCUGCAGUACUACCUAGUGGACGUCAUCGCACUUCUGAUGCUGUCCGCCCUUAUGUUCUACUAUGUUAUGAAGCUAUUGUUGAGACUAGUGACUCAGCAUGCAGUGAAUAGUUAUAGUUCGGACGCUUGCGAAAGGAAAAAAGUGGAAUGAUUGAUAGUUGUGAGCUUAGUGAUUGUAAAUAAAAAAAUGACACAGAUA